AUGAUGUCCUUGUGCCAGGUCUGCAGCAGCCAACCUUUUAAAUACCGUUGCCCUGCUUGUGACCUUCAGAGUUGUUCUUUAAAUUGCUCACAAGCACACAAGCCAAAUUGCAACCCAAGACCAGUGCAGUCACUCCAAACAAAUUACGCCCAGAAUGAAAUUUCUACUGCGGGAUCAGUUGGCGAAACAAGAGAGAUAAGCCAGGACAGUGGUGAGCUACAGGAAUUGUUCAACCAGCAUCCAACCCUACGUUCUCGUCUACGUGAUAUUCAUAGAAUCACUCUCGAGGAAGAAUGGAUAGAGAUGGGACGUUCGAUCCAAAGUCGCAGUCGCGGCCGCGGUAGAGAUGGAUAUGGGCAAAGGCCAAUGAAUAGGGGCCCGUGGACUAUCGAAAAAGGGUUCAAAAGAGGCCUGGGACGAGUUCGGAAAUGGAGAGAAAGCUGUGAAGCUGGUUCUGGGGGCGCUGAUGGAGCGGCAUUUAUGAGAUUUAUUGCUUUGGUAUUAGGCGAGGAUGGAGCACAGCCGAACCGCCAUCAGACAGGAGACUUCACAUGA